AGCCGAAGAUGGCGGCUCGGUCAUGUGAUCAGCUGUGUCCAAUCACAGCUGAUCACAUGGGACAUGUACACUGAUCAUCAGGGCACUGAUGAUCAGUGUGCCCUGAUGAUCAGUGUGGCUCCAGAAGUGCGACCUGUCAGUGUCCAUCAGUGCCAGCAGUCAGUGCUCAUCAGUGCCUCGUGCCAGUGCCCAUCAGUGCCUACCAGUGAACAUCAAUGCCACAUAUCAGUGCCCAUCUGAGCUGCCUUUCAGUGUCACCCAUCAGUGCCAGUCAGUGCCACCUAUCAAUGCCAAUCAGUGCCACCUAUCAGUGCUGCCAAUCAGUGCCACCUAUCAGUGCCAGUCAGUG